AAAUUCAGGUUUCACGGCUAUUAAAACAGUUUACGGCUAUUUAGUAAUUGUCGAAAACAGCAGCGACACGGUUGAAUCGAGUCAGUUUUAAGUUUUAAAUAUAAAUGUGACUGAAAAAUAUAUUGCAAAAAUGAAAAGUGUUUUCAAACAGUUUCAAGUGGAAUAUAUUUUUAGGCAGAUAUUCGCAACCGCUGUGACAGGAUGGCUGACAAUGACCGCUGGAUUUGCGUUUGGAUUCAGUGCAGUGCUGCUACCUGAGCUCAAACGUGAUAAGGACUUUCCCUAUGACGAUGAUAUGGCGUCCUGGAUUGCCUCAAUUACACCUUUAUCUAUGGUGUUUGGAUGUGUCGGCGCAGGCUAUCUCAUCGACAAUGCGGGAAGAAAGGCUGGUCAUAUAUUGCUAGCAUUUAUAGCGUUAAUAAGUUGGCUUACCAUAGCAUUUUCUACCAACAACACAUACAUGCUUAUAGGCCGAUUUAUAGCGGGUGUAGCUGUUGGCUCGACUAGACCAGUAUCUCUAGUGUAUAUUGGAGAAAUUACUGACCCAAAAUACAGAAGUUUCACCCUCAUAACUCCAUCUUUAAUGGUGGGUAUAGGCAUAGGGAUCAGCCAUCUUCUAGGAGGAUAUAUAGCAUGGAGACAUUGUACGUACAUCUAUGCCGCAUUAUGUUUUUCGUGUAUGUUAUUAAUGUUAUUUUUGAAAGAAAGCCCUUUAUGGUUAAUAUCGAAAGGGAAGAUCGAUGAAGGUACCAAAGCUUUCAAAUGGUUAAGAGGUCAGGAUCCACAAUCUGAGAAUGAGUUGCAGUUGGUUUUAAAGCGACAAAAUGAGAAGUCUAACAAAUGUAAUGUGUACGAGGAUAUCUUGAGCAUCUCAUUCCUCAAACCACUGUUUGCAGUUUUCUUAUUAUCUUUUAUACAAUUUAACGGCGUGAAUGUUUACGGCUUUUACGCACAAGAUAUGAUCAAUGACACGUUUAACGGCAGUAUUGAUCCUUUCACAUUCAUGAUCGUCAUUGAUGUAUUGAGGUGUACAAUUAUUGUAUUAAUUUUCGCUUGUAACAAAUUUAUACCGCGCAAAAUAUUCUUUAUAACCGCCAAUUUCGCAUGUGCCAUUUCCUUGUUUAUUUUAGUUGGCUACUUACUACAUAUAGAGACAUUUGGAGCUGUGUGGCUGUCUAUAACAAUUACUAUAUUGUUUAUAUCAUUUGGAGGCUGUGUAGUGGCUUUAGCGUGGUCAUUUGUACCCGAAUUGUUCUCCGCAAAUUUAAGAGGGUUCGGAUCAGGGUUAGCUGCAGCUAUGUCAUACUUUACUCUGUUUGUCUGUGUUAAAAUAUCCCCAGGAUUUUCGAAAGCUUAUGGAGAAGCGGCAAUGUAUGCGACUUUUGGGGUUAUUACGUUAGUUAAUACUAUUGUUUUGUGUUUUGUACUACCCGAGACCAAUGGACGCACUUUACAGGACAUAGAAGAUAGCUAUAAGAAAAAUAAUACUAUUAUAUCGGCUUUGUAAUUUUCAAUCUCAGUCAAUGUUGUAUAUUUAGUUUUUCUUCUGAAUUCCAAUAAAAAUGUUUGUACUAUGAAGAUCUUUAUUAGUAAAAUAAGUAUCAUAAGGUUUUUUACCAAGUAUUAUUAAGUAAAUAAAUAAAUACAAUAAGUAUUAUUAAGUAGUAUUAUUUACGCAAGUACGUCAGUAAUUUGUUGUGAGACUUUAGGUGUAAAUAAGAAACAUAAAAAUUAAACUUUAUGAAACAUGA